AUGCGGUUCGAUCUCGCACUCCUCGCCCUUGCGGCCCAGUCGGUCCAGGUUUUCAGCAACCCGGCCGAGGCGCAAGAAGAGUCGCAGGUCGAGACCAUGGCCGAGUCCCACACGCUGGGUGAGAACCACCCCCCCUGUCGAGUCGUCGCCUUUGCUCAGCUCGUUGCUCACGAUUUCUCCUUUCCCCAGAGCUCAAGUCGUUCCCCCAGGACAAGCCUGUUGUUGCCGCCUGGAGGCAUGAUCGUGGAGGCCGCGGAGGCGGUGGCCGAGGCCGAGGAGGUGGCGGCCGAGGAGGUGGUGGCCGUGGAGGUCGCCACGACCCGUACCCGCGACCUUAUCCCUGGCGGUUAUUCCUGCUACGGCAGCUAUCCCGUCUGCCGCUGGUACACGUACCCCGGCUAUGCCACUCAGUGCUACUGCAGCGCGACCUAG